AUGCCGCUUGACACCGCCGCCGUCGACGCCCUCGCGGCCACCGACGUCCGCACCGUCAUCCCGCCCGAGCAGUUCCUGCCGGUGCUGACGUCGGCGCCAUUCAUCCCCUCGCGCUCGCUGCUCAACCUGCGCGACGCCGGCGCCGUGCCCGGCAGCGCCAUACCGGCCGGCCGCGUGUACCGCUGCGGCACGCUCGAGUACGCGGGAAGGGACCCCGAGGCGCUGGCGUGGCUGGCGGCGCACGUCCGGCACGUCUACGACUUGCGCCGCGAGGGCGCCGAGCGCGACGGGACCCCCGACCCGGCCAUCCCGGGCGUCGAAAACGUCUGGCGGCCGGCACGCGGCGAGUACCCGACGCCGACGCUCGCCGACUUUGCCGCCGCCGAGGGCAUCGCCGCCUGGAAGACGCAGUACCUCAACGUCGCGCUGGCGUACGCGCCCACGUUUGCGGCCGUCCUGGAGCACGUGCGCGACAAGCCGCGCGAGCCGAUGCUGUUUCACUGCUCUGCCGGUCGUGAUCGCACAGGUGUCCUCGCGGGCCUCUUGCACCACCUCGCCGGGUCGCCGCCCGAGGCCGCCGUCCGCGACUACAUGCUCUCGCGCAUCGGCAUCGAGCCCGUCCGCGACAAGCUCAUGCCCUUUGCCAUGAACACGGUCGGCAUCACCGACCCGGAGACGCCGGGCUUCUACAACCUCGUGCAGCUGCGGCCCGAGUACUGGGACGCGUUCCUCGAAGCGCUCGACGAGAGUUUCGGCGGCUGGGACGGCUACAUCACGUCCGCCGAGGGCCUGGGCUUCUCCGAGGAAGACCUCGCGACGCUCAAGGUGAACAUGCGGACUGAAUAG